AUGCGAACAGAAAUUAGUAGAAAGAUUAUGAGAGGUAUUGCAUUGGCUUUGGGCGGGUCAGGCAACGAGUUUGAAGGUAAUAUUGCUGGCGAUCCAUUUCGGGUUGUACGGUUGAUAGGUUAUCCACCGGUUUUAAAAGAAUCAGAUGUUGAACCAGAACGCAUGGGAUGUGGGGCUCACACAGAUUAUGGUCUUUUAGGAUUGGUCAAUCAAGAUGAAAAUGUAUCAGCUAUAGAGGCUAUGAACAAUUCUGGAGAAUGGAUUUCUGCUCCUCCAAUUCCUGGUGCAACUCUUUGCAUUCUUGGUGAUAUGCUAAAGAUUUUGUCGAAUGGUUUGUACAAUCCUGCUCUUCAUCAGAUAAUCAACGCGUCCCCAAAAUAUCGUGUUAGUGCAGUUUACUUCUAUGAGACUAAUUAUGAAGAACCUAUUGAGGCCUUGGACAUUUGCGUACAAAAAAGUGGCGGAAAAAAGAAAAUUGACACUGCUAUUUAUGGAGACUAUCUUGUUGCUAAAUUGAAAAAGGCCUAUCCAUUUUAACAUACAGAGUACAUCAAGACAAAAGUGUUUUUUUAUUAGGCAAAACAAGAGUUUUAUCUUUUAUGUUGUACUACUUUGCUAGUUGAAUAGCCAAUUAGCCACGCGUACAUUCUUGCUUUUAUCGUACGUUUAAUUGUUUUAUUACUUAAUAAAAUAAGCCCAUGGUAAUACCAAUAUCCUCUAGGUUGUGGGUUUUACAUGGUGUUAUAAGUUGGAAUUGUUUUGGAAUUAAUGGAUACUACUAUAUUAUGCUUUCUAUUUAAUAUUAGUAUAAAUAAAAGGUGUCUA